CCCUUUAUGUCAAUACAUCGUACAGUUAACAUGAGAGUAGGAAUACAGUAGGACACUAUCUGACGAAAGCAAGCUCUUGCAUUGCUUCCUACUUGUGAUUCAGUGAAACUCCCUUCCUUUGUCAAUCAAUACACUAAGGAAUUUGAGUCGGGAUAGUUAGCUUGAUCGACUUAUUUGCAUUUUUACUUGGAUAUCUACGGAAAAGCAAUCAUGGUUGCAAUGACAAAGCGAGUGAAGACCUUUGAGGUAGUCUUCAACGACCCUACCAAGACAUUUUAUUGCAGUGGAGAUAAAGUAGCCGGGAAGGUUGUUGUGGAAGUAUCCGAGGUGACCAGAGUCUCAGCUAUGAAAGUGCUAGGAAUUGGAUGCGCGAAAGUGGAAUAUGCCAAAGGAAAACAACGCUGCCGCGAGGAGAACGAGUAUCUCAGAUACGAGGAAGUUGUUCAUCUGGAUGAUCAGCCAGCUGAUACUGAUGGAUCAGUCAUUCUGAGACCUGGCAACAAGUACGAAUACAUGUUUGGAUUUGAGCUUCCCCAGCAAGGGCAGAUUGUGUCUUCCUACAAGGGCAAGUUUGGCUAUGUCCAGUACUACGUCAAGGCCCUCAUGGAGAGACCUGCUCAGCAGCCCCUGGAGUGCAAGAAACACUUUGAGGUGGAGGAGCCCCUGGAUGUGAACACCCCAGAUCUGCUGUCUCCCACAGGUGGGAUGAAGGAGAAGAAGGUCACCUGCAUGUUCAUCCCAGAUGGCCAGGUGUCCCUUAACGCCAAGAUCGACAGGCGAGGCUUCUGCGAGGGCGAGGACAUCUGCAUCAACGCCAAGUUCGAGAACACCUGCUCCAGAAUAGUGGUGCCCAAGGCGGCCAUCAUCUCCAAGCACACCUACCAGGCUGGUGGGCGCACCAAGGUCUUCCGCCAGAAGCUGUCUUCGGUGCGUGGGAACCAUAUCAUCUCAGGGAUGUGUGACGCCUGGCAGGGGAAGAGCAUCAGAGUGCCCAAGAUCAAACCAUCCAUGCUGGGCUGCAAUAUCAUCCGUGUGGAGUACGCCCUCAUGAUCUACAUUCACAUCCCGGGCAGCGAGAAGCUGAUCCUGGAGCUGCCCCUGGUCAUCGGCACCGCAGGCCUGGGCAGCCGCACCAACAGUGUGAGCAGCCAGGACGGCUCCGUCAGCAACGCCUCCCUGAGCUGGGUGUCCCUGCAGAUGCCCUCGGCCCCGCCGAGCUACUGUGACAUCACCCGCGACUGCCGCCUGGACCAGCCCCUCACGCCCCUGCUGGAUGACUUCGACGGGGACGACAGCCCCAUCUUCAUGCACUCGCCCACCUUCCAGUUCCCAUCGCCCCCAGCCUACACUGAGGUCGAUGAAGAGUACAAUGGCAACGCACGCAUGCUGCAAGUCUGCUGAACUCUCAGCGCUUCAGAACUCUGGUCCACUAUAUCGAGACGUCGAAGGCACUUGGCUCACUGGAAAAGGAGCGGAAGGUCCACAGUACUGUCUGCGAGAGGUUUCGGAUGGACUUUGGAAAGUCUCGGGGCCAUGGGUCCCAGAGCCCUGGUGUGCAGAGAGUCGAGGAAGUGACAGUUGAGUGGCAAGGGGCUUUUGGUGCCGACCCGCACCGGCAGCCAUCUUUUGUUUUAUCGCGCUACACCACCCACAUUGAUCUUUUUUCGUUUCCUUCCUUGAAAUUGGUGCUGUUCCCACCUCCGAAGGAAAGCCGCAAACCUUGCGGUGUGCUUCGUUAUGAAUAAGCUGCUCCUUCCAGUAAUCCAAAGUUUGUGGGGUGAGAGAUCAUUGUUGAGAAAUGAAGAUGGUCUGAUUGUUAUUUCUAAAUCAUGUUAUCACUCCAUGAGUUUUCCAGAGGGGCCAGUCCUCAACAGAUUGGGAAUGAUCUCACUGCUUUUUGGGGUGGUCCAUCAUGGUGUAAUCAUUCCAUAUGAAUCCUAUAUUUCAAAAUAUAGUAUUGAUUUCAGGAACAAUGGCUUUUGCUGGGAAUAGUUAAUGUCCAAACAUGAUACCCUUCAGCUUGUUAGGGGCAACAUUUUUGUGAGCGAAAUGUCAAGCUAAUAUUUGUUGUGCUAGAAAACUACUGCAUGUUGAAUAUGUUCCAUAAGUAUCAAGGUUAUGCAGAGUCUGUAUAUGCUUAUGUACCAGUGUUUUUGAAACUGUGUGUAUUCCUGUAUGGUAUUGCACUUACUUAUGGAUGCAUAUUGCUCUAUAACUGCCUACAGGAAAGUUCCUGGAUUUAAUUUAGUUUCUCUUUGUUGCUUUGAAUAUGGUUCCUGGUAAGGGGGUAUGUUUGUCUGUACAAUCCUUGUACAAGCACCCAAUAUUGUGAUGAAAGUUAAACAAGGACUUAAAUGGUUUCUAAUUGGGCUAGGUCACUUGACCAAAAUAUAUGGACCCUUCAAAGUGCCAAACAGGAGUGUUUUUGGGCUUGGACCCCUAGCUUGCCUGAAGACAUUGAGGAAUGCACCUUUUUGUAUGAGCAAUUUGUGUUUCCCUACACAGCAUUUCACUGUGGGACGUCUACAGUCGUUCUGAAAUUUCUCGUUCGUCCUCUCUUUUGUUUAAGACUGAUCUGUAAGACUGCAAAUAUGCAAUGUAUUCUUUAUUAUUUUCUACAUAUCUGAGAUGGAAAGUAUUUUUUGUAUAAGACCCAAUGGGUUCGUUUUCUAUAAGGCAAAAUAAAACGUUAAAAUAAA